AUGACUGAGAAAUCUCUCCUACUGAAGUGCGACUUUGCGGAUCACUUCUUCAUCGUCGGCACCGACUUCCCCACCGCACGCGUCUUCGACACAACGACGUCGUCUCUCGCGGCGGUGGUCGAACUGCCGCUGCGCAGCCGCACCAUCUCGCUCGCUGCGCUGACGCUGACCUCCGUUGCGCUCCGUCGCAGCGAAAAUAGCGAAGAGGAGAGCAAGAAAGGAGACGGGCAGGAGGUACGCGCGACCGCCGCAGCGCAUGCGCGGCAUAGCACGGAGCAGCUGGUCGACGACAACGUGGCGGUGUACUGUGCUGCGGUCGGCCUCAGUAACGGCACUUUACUUCUGCACGACGUCAAUCGCGAUGUCCUCCUAGCCCACGUGCAGGUCUCAGAGACGCAGCAGCCUCUCAUUUCACUUCAGCUCUGCGGGGGCUUUGUGUUUUGUCUGGCGGCAAACAGCAUGCUGUACGCGGUGCGUCUGCGAGAUGCCGCGGCGGGUCCGUGUUUGCGUCUGCGGGUGCAGCCGGAUGCCAGCUCGAUCGCCGCCACGAAAGUCACAAAGGACAGCCGCAGCAACGACAGCUCCGCUGCGCAUCACAUGUACCGAGUAAUGGUAGCGGGGCCGACCAAUGCGCUGUACGAGGUGGGGUCGCUUGCCAACAACCACAGCAGCGGCAAUACGACGCCGCAGCUGUUACACGCGAAGAAGUGCCUUGCCUUUCCAUCUCAAGGCACCACCGCCGAGUUUGCGUGGGUGAGUGACGUGAGUGAGGAGCUGGACACUCCAGCGUCUCUCCCCGCUGUCACCGCCAGCGCACAAGAUGGCGUAGUGCGUCUGUGGGAUUUGCAGUACGAUCGCGCCGCGUCGUCCCCCGCGUCUUUGCUGGGCGGUGCGACCAACACGGAUGCCGGUGCUGGUGGGACGGGUAUGCUUGCCCGUUGCCGUCGCACGCUGUUGUGCGGUCAGCGCAUCCUAAGCGUUUCCGUGCUACCCAGUGCAAACGGGCAUCAUAACGGAACUCGCAAGGGCAACUACAUCAUGGUCACCACUCUCACGGGCUCUGUCUUGCUGUGGAGUCUCGGGGAGGCGCUGCUGCCGCCGGUGGUGGAGCCGAUGCCGCUGAAGCCCGAUGUGGUGUUCGUCUCUGCGGUGUCGUCGGGUCGGCUCCUCUUCGCAGCCCUCCGCGCUGCUGCCCAGCAAAGUGCAAAGGAGAUCUUCUCGUCGUCCUCCGGCGCGUCUGCAGAUGCGCUUCGUGGGUUGGAAGUGACGCUGCUGCGCGGGCGGUUCGCGAUGCCGAUCUUCGAAACAAAGAACGUCGGGGCUGCCGUCGAGGCAUCGAGUUUGUCUUCUGCUGUUGCGGCGGCGACGGUGGCGACACCAGCAUCCUCCACGACAGCGCCGUCCAACACAGCUCAUCGCACCGCCCUCGCCACACUGGCGCUCGGCGUCGCCGGCAACACGGCGAUCACGGUGGUACAGCUGCCGUUGAACACGACCAGCGAGACAGCGCUGGUGGAGCGGCAAGAUGUAGAUUACCUGCUCGAGCGCACGACGGACGCCGCAACGAGCUCCUUUGUGGUGGUCGACACAGUCUGGGCUGCCCAUCAGCAGCAGGUUGCCGCGAAGGCGAGCCAGUCUAUGACGGAGGCGUUUAAAGCCCCGCAGCUGUACCAUGCGAAGUCGAUCCAGGACUUACCGGUGAAGCAGCUAACGCUGGAGCAGCGUCUGCAGCAAAUCGCCCGCGAAGAGGCCGCCGCGGCGCGCAUCCGCAAAACAUUGGCGGGGAAGGAGGGCGAGGUAGAUCAGAGCAACAGCAGCAGCAACAACGUCGAUGGCGAAGGUGCGGGCCGAAGUGUGCUGUCCCACCACGCGCUGGGUCUCGCCACCAUCCCCCUCUAUCAGGCGCUACACGCAAACGACACCGCAGCGGUGAUAGAUCUGCUGAAUAUGUCGAGUCGCACCGCGGAGGGCAUGCGGGCGACGGUGCUGUCGUUGCAGCUGCCCUACUGUCUGCAGCUGCUGCAGGUUAUCUCAGAGCGGCUGGGGCUCGUCAGCAGGGCGGUGGAGAAGGCGGUGUCGAACCCCGCCGCGGGAGGUGGAAACGGGCAGAGCGUGCGAGAGGCGAAUAAGGCAGAUGCACAGAGCAACGGCUCAGCCACGACGGCCACCGCAACCGCCACAGCAGCGGGUUCGGCCGACAGCAACGACAGUAACCUGCGUGCGGACGGCGUGCUGCGCGGCGGCGUCGCCACCUUCUCCAUCCGCUCCUCCCUGCUGGAGUGGAUCGACGCGAUGCUGAAUUACCGCGGCAGUGAGCUGCUGGCAGUGCAGCGAGCGUGGAACGCGCGAGCGGCGCGCAAAGCGGCGGGGACGAGCACGCCAGAAGACGACAUGGCGGAUACCGUCUCUCCACCCAAAGAUUUUCUUGCCCCCAUCCUCCAUCACUAUCAGGAUCUCUGUGCGCAACACGACAAGCUCGCGGUGUUGUACGGGCGGCUGUCCAUCUUCAAAGCGGUCCGCCCGUCGCAGAAGAACGCGUUUACGAACGUGCCGCGGCAGUCUUUGGGAUCGAACAUCGAGAUGGCACGACCCGUUCAUGCCUCCUCGGACGCCGCACUGGCCACCAGCGAUCCCCACAAACGUCGCCUGCACCUCGCCGAGAAGAGCAGCGUGGUAGACAGCGACAUCAUCUUCCCCGUCAUGUUCAAGGAGUCCCGUGCGCGCUCGGGCCACCGCGUGGUGCGGGUCCGCAGCAAGCUGGAGAUCGCCAAGAAGCGCCAGGAGCGUGCGAACAAGGAUGCGGCGCUGCAGAAGCGCGCCCGUGCGCUGGCGCGGCAGGAGCUGCAUGCGAAGGCGGCGAAAGGAGUGCACAGCAUCCUGGACGAUGACGAUGGCCACAGCACUCAUAAAAAGGGUGGCGCGGACGCGAUGGAACAGAUUAUGAUGGAGGAGAUGCAGCGCGCCGGUGGGGAGCUGGAUUUGGACGCGUUGGAGGCGAUGGACCUUGCAGGCGACUCGAACUCCGACAUCGACGACAGCGACGCGGCGUCCGCCGAGGAAGAGGAAGAAGAAGAUAGUGAUGUGGAGGCGGGCUCGUCUCGUCAUCGUCGCCGCGGUAAGAAGGCGCGACAGGAGGCCGUGGAAACGAUGCUUGCUGAUGCCGGAGGCGCGGACGAUGAAGUCAGUGGAGGCGACGCAGAUUCGGGCCUGGACAGCAGCGAGGCGGAGUUCUCCUCCGCCAGCGAUGACGAGGUGCAGUCCGACGUUCUGGAUGACGGCAGCGAAGAAGAAGACGAGGAGGACGAGUCCAGGAGUGGAGAGGAGGGCAGCGACAACGAUGAGGCAGGCUCGGACUACGCUGGGGAUGAUGAUGACGGCAGCAGUGGCGCGGAUGAUGACGGCAUGGGGGACGACAUGCGGGAGCUGCUUGCGCGUCAUGAAGAUGAUGCAGACCGCACGGAGCGGCGUAAGGCGAAGAAGGUGCGCACGGAUUGA